UUGAUUUUUCUAUUGGACAAAACUACAUGUUCAGUUCUGAGAGUCCUACCUAGCUUGAAAUAUUAAUUCGAAUAUCAAUAUUGAGGAAUAUAAUUUUCAUCGGUAUAUUUACGGUAUUUUUUAACAUAAGAAGGUAUAUUUCGGUAUAUUUAUGAGGGUCAGUCACAUUGUUUGGAUGACAACCCUAGCCGAUUGUUUUCAAAAUGGCAACGGCGGCGUCCGCGCUAAUUUUAUUUCGAGCGUAGAUUUUGAUACUAAUUGUUGUUCAGCCGCGUUUUGUUAAUCGUGUUAAGUGUUGCUGUGUUCAUGGCACGUCCCUGUUAAUUAAGUUUUGCGUUUUUGUUCAUCGUUGUUAGCUGCUAGUGUUAUUUUUGGUGUGCCGGCAUUCGCGAUGAGCGCCUUCGAGGUCACAGUGACGCCGUCGCGGCAGAAGCAUAAGAAGCCCAUCGAAGGUCGCGAGCCGGCCGUGGUGGUCAUGGCUCCGUUUUCGGCCAAGGCGAUUGUGCAGUUUGAGGACGUGCCCGUAACCAAAACAGCCAGGCGCUUCGUGCGCGUCAUCAACCCCAGCGACGAAGACAUUGAGGUCAAAGUAACGAAGGGCAUCAAGGAGGAGCACAACUUGACUGUCGAAUGGAUGGAGCACGUAAUUCCCGCUCGCGACGAGGUCUCCAUGGAGCUAGUCUGGAGCCCCGAAAUGGAGGUGGCCUGCAAGGAGACGCUGCAUCUGCUUGACAAUAGAAAUUUUCGAAAGGACGUCAUGAUCAUACUCAAGUCCAAGAGCAACCAGCCGGUCAAGAACCCGCGCAAAUUUCCAACCGUAGGCAAGACGCUGCAUCUGAAAUCGCCGACGGGCGGGUCAAAGAAAACAAAAAGUGCGGCAGCAGCUGCUGUGCAGCAGAAGAAGCGUCUGUCCGCCGCAGCGGCUCCGUCCAAGCAGCCCUGGCGUUCUUGCAGCGGCUCACGGACUGUUCGGCCAUCCUCAGCGGCCCCUCAUGCCCCGCUGACGGAUAAGAAUGUUUACAAGCUCUCGCAGGAAUCUGCUUAUAUCUCACCACAGCCACGCACGUGCAAGGAGAACGUUAGUCCAAUGACUCCUGCAAAUUUGUUCAACAUAAUAGACACAUUUAAGUUCACGCCGCUCACUGAAACGCGCGGCACUAGCGCUGGAAUUCUGCCAGAGAAUCUGGCUGCCUGGCCGACACCUAACCUAGUCACAGAUGGCAUACCGACCGUGGGCGAUUUGCGACCCCGUCGCCUCAUCCCUGACGAGUUUGAAGAGCCACCUCCCACGAACAAAACAUUUGAUGUGAAGCAUUCAGAGACCAUAAACAUGUCGGUGGACACGUUGGACUGCUCGCGCUCCGAAGUGCUGCUGCAAACGCCCACUGCUCAGAAUAAAACCACAACCAUUGUCCAUGCAACCCACCCCAGGGCCCUGGAAUGCAUACGCGAGGAGGAGGCAUCCAGCCCACCGAAGGCGUCAGCCAAGGGCCCCGUUAAAGAUUUGAAGAGGGAUAUCAAACUAGUUGGUUCACCACUGCGAAAAUAUUCAGAGUCCAUGAAGGAUCUGUCGCUGCUGUCGCCGCAAACAAAGCUUGCUAUUCAAGGCUCGAUGCCGAAUCUCAAUGAAAUGCAGAUACGUUCGAUCGAACAGAAUCGGUACUUCCAGGAGCAGCAGACUCCGCUAAUGAGUACCAAGCAGCUGGACGGCACGUUGCUGGACAGCUCCAUUUGCAGCGAAAUGAGCAUGAUGUGCCCGCAAGACUUUCUCUUCAAUCACAACGAGAUCCUGGCCCAGUCCAGUCGAUUCAAUCUCCAUGAAGUGGGCCGCAAAUCGCACAAGUGCAGCCCUGUGAAGGAGAAAAAGACUGCUAUUUCUCAGAAGCGUCGCUCCCAUGAGCUAAGCUUCUCGGACUCGCCCAGCAACGAGUCCCUCUAUCGCCACGAGUCCACAAUGGCCAUCUCACCGCCCAAGAAACAGCGCGUUGACGACAUCUCCCUGCUCCGAAGUGCAGCUCCAGCCAAUGCCUCCGCCAGAAGUGGCAGCACGUGGACGCACACACAGCCCAAGAAGUUUAAGCUGGCCCAAACGAUGUCGCUGAUGAAGAAGCCUAACACACCAGGGCGUAAGGUUAAGGAAGCAGCUCCCGUUAAGCUCUACGACUCUGAGCUCUACAUGCAGACCUACAUCAAUCCGGAUCCGUUUGCAGCUACAACCACGGCAGAUCCCUUUCUGGCCUGCACCAUGUACCUGGAUGAGCAGGCGGUGGAGCGUCAUCAGGCGGACUUUAAGAAGUGGCUGAACGCCUUGGUGACCAUACCCGCUGAUCUGGAUGCCGACUCGAACAGCAAAAUCGAUGUGGGCAAGCUAUUCAAUGAGGUGCGCAACAAGGAGCUGGUAAUGGCGCCCACUAAGGAGGAGCAGUCCAUGAACUAUCUGACCACGUUCCGCCUGGAAACGCUGCGUCGGGCAGCUGUGGAGCUAUUCUUCAGCGAGCAAAUGCGUCUGCCCUGCUCCAAGGUGGCCGUCUAUGUCAAUAAGCAAGCUUUGCGUAUCCGCAGCGAUCGCAAUCUGCACCUGGACGUGGUCAUGCAGAGGACCAUCCUGGAGCUGCUGCUCUGCUUCAAUCCCCUAUGGCUGAGACUGGGUCUGGAGGUGGUGUUUGGCGAAAAGAUUCAGAUGCACUCCAACAGAGAUAUUGUGGGCUUGAGCCACUUCAUCCUCAAUCGAUUGUUCAGGAACAAGUUCGAGGAGCAGAAGUACAGCAAGGCCUUCACCCUCACCGAUGAGUACGCGGAGACCAUCAAGAAGCACACGCUGCAAAAGAUUCUGUUCCUGCUGCUCUUUCUGGACCAGGCCAAGCAGAAGCGCAUCGUCAAGCACAAUCCCUGCCUCUUUGUUAAGAAGUCCCCCCACAAAGAGACGAAGGACAUAUUGCUGCGCUUCUCCUCGGAGCUGCUGGCCAACGUUGGGGACAUCUCGCGCGAGUUGCGCCGCCUGGGCUAUGUGCUCCAGCACAAGCAGAGCUUUCUCGACGAGUUCGACUAUGCCUUCAACAAUCUGGCUAUAGACCUGCGAGACGGCGUCCGGUUGACCCGCGUCAUGGAGGUCAUCCUGCUGCGCGACGACCUCACCCGUCAAUUGAGAGUGCCUGCCAUAUCGCGGCUCCAGCGAGUCUUUAAUGUGAAAUUGGCUCUGAACGCUCUGAAUGCAGCAGACUUCCAGCUGGGCGGUGACAUCUCCGCCCCGGAUAUCGUGGACGGUCAUCGCGAGAAGACGCUUUCGCUGCUCUGGCAGAUCAUCUACAAGUUCCGUUCGCCCAAGUUCCAUGCGGCUGCCAAGGUACUCCAGAAAUGGUGGCGUCAUCGUUGGCUGCGCGUUGUCAUCCAGCGUCGCAUACGCCACAAGGAGUUGAUGCGGCGCCAUCGGGCAGCCACUGUCAUACAGGCCACCUUCCGCGGUCACCAGAUGCGGAAGUACGCCAAGCUCUACAAGGAGGAGCGCCUUCAAGCCACCAUCAUCCUGCAGAAGUACACGCGUCGCUUUCUGGCCCAGAAGCAGCUCUAUCAGAGCUACCACAGCAUAAUCCUCAUCCAGCGAUGGUGGCGGGCCCAAGUGCUAGGCCGGCAGUGUCGCCAGCGGUUCCUGGAGGUGCGUCAGUCCGCGAUUUUCUUGCAGCGCAUUUGGCGGCGGCGUCUAUUUGCCAAGAAACUUCUCGUGGCUGCCGCCACAGCUCGUCUUCAACGCUCGCAAAAGCAACAAGCUGCCGCCAGCCAUAUUCAGAUGAUGUGGCGCAGUCAUUGUUUGGCCAGGAGCCAGCGGCAGGAGUACCUGCGCCAGCGGCAGCUCGUUAUCUUUGUGCAGCGUCGAAUGAAAGGAAAAUGGAUAAUGCUAAAGCAGCGCCAGGAGUUCCUAGAGCUAAAGAAAUCCACCAAAAUCGUACAGCAGCGCUGGCGUGCCAUGGUCCUGAUGAGGAAGGAACGAGCCCACUUCCAGCAACUUCGUAUUUGUGCUCUUAAGCUGCAGACACACAGGAGGGCCACGCUUCAGAUGAGACAAGUCCGUGACAGCUUCCAGGCCACCAGGAAAAGUGUCAUUGUCAUCCAGGCACGCAUGCGUGCCACUUGGGAGAUGCGUAAGCAGAGAGAAGUCUACCGGAGACAGUGCAUGGCUGCUGUUACUAUACAACAACAAUUUCGCUUGCGUCUGGAUAUGAUCAAGGAUCGAAAUUCGUUUUUGGCGACCCGCCGCAGCAUCAUUAAUGUCCAACAACGCUGGCGCGCCACUUUGCAGAUGCACCAAGAGCGUGGCAAGUACUUGCAGCUCAAAGCGUGCACCCGUUUCGUCCAAAGUAAAUUCCGAGCGAAGCGCCUAAUGCUGAUCGAAAGUCAGAAAUACCACCGACUGAAGAAAGCUGUCUUGGUGGUUCAACAGCGUCGCAGAGCUGUGGUUAAGAUGCGGGAGCAGCGCCAGUAUUUCCUUCGAUUGCGUGAGGUUACCAUCAACAUGCAGAGACGAUUCCAUGCCCAUAAGGCCAUGCGAUUCAUGCGGGCCAAAUACCGAGGCACCCAGGCUGCCGUGAGCUGCCUGCAGAUGCACUGGCGGGCGCAUCUCUUGAGAAAGCGAGAGCGAAGCGGUUUUCUUGCACUGCGUCAGGCAGCCAUCACACUGCAGCGCCGCUACAGAGCCCGCUUAGCCAUGAUUAGGCAAAGGAAUGGCUACCGGCAGCUCAGGAAUGCAGCAAUCGUUAUUCAGCGGCGCUAUCGAGCCAAGGGGCAAAUGGAGAAGCAGCUCUCACUGUACCACAAGAAUCGGGCUGCCAUAAUCAAGGCCCAGCAACGUUAUCGCGGUAAAAUCGAGAUGAGGCUGCAGCGUUCCCACUACCAAAAGCAACGCCAAGCGGUCAUCCGUCUUCAAAAGUGGUGGCGCAGUCUCAAAGAGAUGAUUCAACUACGCCAGGGCUACCGAAGAAUGCGCGCCGGCUCGAUGAGCAUUCAGCGCAAGUGGCGGGCGACCGUAGCGGCCCGUCGCCAGCGGGAGAUCUUCUUAAAGACCAUCCUGAAGGUUCGUCUCGUGCAGCAAUUUAUCCGAGCCACCCUGCUGAUGCGAAAGGAGCGCGAAACGUACCGGAAGCAGCGUGAGGCAGCUUUGGUUCUACAGCGUCGCUUCCGUGCCCGUCAGUCCAUGCAUAAAGUCCGCGUGGAGUUUCAGCUUCUACAGUCGAUUACCAUUCGCCUGCAGCGCAAGUUCAGAGCCACACGCAUCAUGCACGAAGUGCGCCAUGAGUUUGUCCAGCUACGUGAGAUUACCAUACAUCUGCAGCAGAAGUUCCGCGGCAAGCAGCUGAUGAUAAAGCAACGCGAGCGUUUCCUACUGCUGCGCCGUUCCAUUUUCAAUUUCCAGACCCAUUCGCGUGGCUACUUGGCCCGCAAGCGCUUCCAGGCUCUGAUGACCCCAGAGAUGAAGCAUCUUAUCCGCCAAAAGCGGGCGGCCAAGGUAAUACAGCGCUACUGGCGCGGCUAUCAAACGCGUCGUCAGCAGCGCCAUCAGGGACUGUUGGCCCUGCGAACGCGAAUUGUGCAGCUGCGGCGUGAGGCGAAGGCCACCAACUCGGUGCGCACCAAGGUGCAGGAGGCAGUUGGAUUCCUGCGCGGUCGCUUCAUUGCCAGCGAUGCCUUGGCUGUGCUAAAUCGAUUGGAUCGUCUGUCGCGCACUGUGCCACAUCUGCUCAUGUGGUGCUCGGAGUUCAUGUCGACAUUUUGCUAUGGCAUCAUGGCCCAAGCCAUACGCUCGGAGGUGGACAAGCAGCUGAUCGAACGCUGCAGUCGCAUCAUUCUCAAUCUGGCUCGCUACAACAGCACCACGGUCAACACAUUCCAGGAGGGCGGCCUGGUGACCAUUGCCCAGAUGCUGUUGCGCUGGUGCGACAAGGACAGCGAGAUAUUCAACACCCUCUGCACACUCAUCUGGGUGUUUGCCCACUGUCCCAAGAAGCGAAGGAUCAUUCACGACUACAUGUCCAACACGGAGGCCAUUUACAUGGUGCGCGAGACGAAUAAGCUCGUGGCCCGCAAAGAGAAGAUGAAGCAGAAUGCCCGGAAGCAUCCACCCAUCACCAGCGUACGCCAUCCAUCGCAACAGUUGCCAAUAUUCUCGCCCCGCGCUCUGCCCAGCCUGGAGCCGGACUUUGGCAUCAUACGCAACAGUCCGUACACUUUCAUAUCGUCCGUGUUUGCCUUCGAUACAAUUCUAAGCAAGCUGAAUAUUGAAAUAUUCUAGGUUUAGUUCCAACCCUAAGCUAAAUGUUAAAUGUUUGAAACGUUUUCUGUUUUUUAGUCACUUAACUGUUAAUUAAAAUUUGUAACUCUGUCGAGUGUUUGCCCAACCUGAACAUAAGUGUAGGAUAAGUUAUUUUAAGAGAGACAUUACUUUGUAUUGUAUAUUAUAUCUGGAAUAGCUACGUAUGGAAAGAGUCAACGAAGAUUGUAACUAAUGUAUUUACGAGCUAAGCUUAGGUUUAUUGUUUUUUAUUGAGCCCAGAAGCAGAACGAAUGUAAGAAAUAAAUUUGAGAAAUGAAAGUA